AUGGCACACCUAGCAACUCGUCAAAGGGUAUUUCCCGCACUCGCGCAGCAAGCGCGCACUCUGCCCUUCGCCCUUCGCACAGUCAGCGCCCCGCGACGUCAUCUCAGCGACAAACCAGGGCUGGAGUCAACAGACAUGCGAGACGCGGCGGACGCAAGAAAGACUUCCCCUCCUCAGCCCAAGAUCACAAACUCCAGCGUGCCGGGGCAGGGACCGGACAAGCUCACCGAGGAGCAGAAGCGCGAGGUCGACGAGCACAACCGCGAUUUCGAGAAGAAGCACUACCGAGCGCAACCAGCUGCCGAUGACAAGGUCGACAAGAAAUUCUGGGGAAGCGGGACUGAGGAUACCAAAUAA